AUGCUUAGUGAUGGUGGUUCUCAUUUUUGCAACAAGGCUUUCACCGGGCUGCUUGAAAAAUAUGGCGUAAAGCAUAAGGUGGCCACACCUUAUCAUCCUCAGUGGAGUGGUCAGGUUGAAGUUUCCAAUAGGGAAAUCAAAAAUAUCCUAGCAAAAAUUGUCAAUGCAAACAUGACCGACUGGUCAAGGAAGCUAGAUGAUGCAUUGUGGGCAUAUCGCACAGCAUUUAAGACUCUCAUUGGCACUUCACUGUACCGGUUGGUUUUUCGUAAAGCGAGUCACUUUCCAGUGGAGCUUGAACAUAAAGCCAUGUGGGCAUUGAAGAAGUUGAAUCUUGACUGGGCCAAGGCUGCUAACCUAAGAAUGACACAACUCAAUGAGAUGGAGGAAUUCCGUCUCCAUGCCUAUGAGAGUGCAGCCAUGUACAAGGAGAGAAUGAAUUUUGUCCAUGAUAAGAAGAUCUUGAAGUGGGAAUUCCGGUGA